GUCAAAUGUCAACAUAAAUCCACCUUUUUUCAAAUAAAUAGAUAAAUUUAAUUUUCAUUUCAUUUCAAAUCAUUUUCACAAGUAACAAAUACCCUCUCGAACCUAUAAAUGUCCCUUUUGCCUAACGUCUCCAAUUUCAGAUUCAUUGUAACCCCAUUUACCAGAUUUUACUCGAAAACCGAAAAAACCAAUUCUAACCUCCUCAAACUGUUGAAAACAAUGCCCAAAGAGCCCAAACAUAUAGCGGAGGCCCAAAAGCAGAGGCUAAGAAUUAAGCAGAAAAACUCCAAGUUCGCCCCCGGAAAAGUUACAGUGCAAAUAUUGGGUACGGGAGCUAAAGGGGCCCCCAGAUCAGUGUACUUGUUUUCAGACCAAAGCCGGUAUUUAUUUAACUGCGGCGAAGGCACACAAAGAUUGGCCCAUGAACACAAAACCAAAUUGGCUAAAUUGGAGCAUAUCUUUAUAACGCACCCGGUAUGGAGGAAUAUUGGAGGCCUACCAGGUACUGCUUUAACUAUCCAGGAUGUUGGGGUACCUCAAAUAAUUUUACAUGGACCUGUAGAACUUAAUGAAUUAUUUCCUGCAACAAGAAGAUUUGUCGUUAUAAGAGAUUUAAAAAUCAAAAUGGCAGAUUGUUCAGAAAAUAGUUGUUUUGUGGAUAACGUUAUGACUGUUAAAUAUGUGUGGCUUACCAGGACAUUGCCCGAAGAAACUGAUAAGGCAAUUCAAGUAGGAACAGAAAAUAAUGAUGCAACUACAUCGACCAAAAGUAAAAAUAGAAGUAGCAGGAAAAGAUCUUCGUCUAGACAUAGAAAUGAAUCUGAAAUAUUUGAAGAUAAUACAGAUUAUUACGCACACGAACGUAAGAAAAAACGAAGUAAAAGUAGAACCCAAUCCCAAAAUCCUACUGAGUCAGGCACAAGAACAAUUCAGGAAACUGCACCAUCAGUAACCCAAACAAUACUAAAGGAGUGCAAAGAAAUGGACCUUUCAAUUUGCUAUAUUUGUCAAUUGCAGCCCCGCCCUGGUACUCUUAAUUUGAAUAAGUGCGUGCAAAAAGGCGUACCUCCUGGGCCUCUAUUGGGCAAAUUAAAAAAUGGCGAAACUGUUACUCUUGCUAAUGGAACAGUGGUGAAAUCCAGUGAGGUUUGCGAACCUGACGAUCCUGGCCCAAUAUUUAUCGUUGUGGAUUGUCCUUCGCCAGAACAUCUUGAAUCUUUGGUGAAUAAUCCAGAGUUGAAAAAACAUCAAAAGUAUGCCACUUCAGAUGGAGAUGUUGCUUGUUUAGUUAUCCAUUUUACAACCAAGGAGAUUAUGCUUUUGCCUGAAUACAAAGAAUGGAUGGACAAUUUCCCUUUGAGCACCGAACACAUUCCAGUAAAUGAAUUGAACUCCUGCAUGGGCAGUAUUGCGGUGCACAGAAUACAACAUAAACUAAACAUGUUAUCGAGUGACUUUUUUCCAUUGUUACAUGAAAAAGGGACCCCGUUUCUGGAUGAAGACAUUGACAAUCAUCAGAGCAAAAAACAAAAGUUUGAUAAAGAGGAGAUGGAUAAAAUCAAAACCGAUUGUGCAGCUCUGCUCAAAAUUUCCAGCAGGCAUGUAGGGGGUUUGAGUAGCUACCAUUUAAGACCUAGAAAAGGGUUUGACAGCACAAGCCACAUAAAUUUAGACCCUCUAGAAUAUACGGGUGAGACAAUGUCUUUGGAAGAGUUUCCAGAGGCCCUUAAAACUCUACAGCAACAAUUGGUUAGUUCAAAAACUAGCCUGAGUUCAAGGGAUUUUCCAAAAAUAUUAUUUUUAGGUACUGGAUCCUGUAUCCCAAACAAAACCCGAAACACUAGCGGUAUUCUAUUGCAAACAAGCGAAACAAAAAACAUUCUACUGGAUUGUGGCGAAGGUACUUGCGGGCAAAUUUUAAGAUUCUUUGGACCAGACAAAGGUGACAGAAUCCUAGCUAACAUUGACGCCAUUUACAUUUCCCAUUUGCACGCCGAUCACCAUAUCGGCCUUAUAGGAGUGUUACAGGCCAGAAAAAAAGCUUUGGACAAAUUAAACAUUGACCGAAGCCCUUUGCAUUUGUUUGCCCCAAAACAAAUAAUGACUUGGUUGAAUUUCUAUGAUAAAUAUUUUGAAUCUAUUGAAGAUGAAUAUGUAUUAGUUGCUAAUGGUGAAAUAGUAUUAAAUAAUACUAUAUUAGCUAAAUCAACAAAAAAUGGCAUCCAAGAGUCUUUGGAUUUAAAAGACAUUAGCACUUGUUUAGUUAAGCAUUGUCCAAAUGCUUUUGGUGUAGCGUUGGUGCAUAAAGAUGGCUACAAAGUAACUUAUUCUGGUGACACAAUGCCUUCUGAACAAUUAGUCGAAUUAGGACGCAACUCAGAUUUGUUAAUCCAUGAAGCCACUAUGGAAGAUGAACUGGAAACUGAAGCAAUAAUCAAGCUGCACUCGACAACGUCCCAAGCCAUCCAAAUAGGCAAAGAUAUGCAAGCUAAGCAUGUAAUCUUGACCCAUUUUAGUCAAAGGUAUGCAAAGUUGCCAAGAUUCAAUGACAAUUUUGCCGAUAAUGUUACCAUAGCUUUUGAUAAUAUGCAAGUGAGACUUGAUGAGUUGCCUUUAGUGCCGCUACUUUAUCCUGCGUUGAAGAUAAUGUUUGCGGAACAUUAUGAGGAAUUGGAACAUAAAACUUUGAAAAGGCAGUUGAGGGCUGAAAGGCUAGCUUUGGCUGAAACUAGCUGAUUUAGUUGUUGAUUUUUUUUUUUUAUGAAUAAACUAUUAAUUAUUUGAAAAAUAUUUGACAAUAAG